AAACAUAAAACUUGUCCAGUGACCGGUGAAACAUCUUUAACUGUUUUUACUCAACAGCAAUUAUAUCCUAGUUGUUGUACAGGUUGAAUCCAUGCACAUUGACGAAAAGUGCUUAUGCUAUCACGAUCUCUCUCUAAGUCUAUAUAUAUACUGCUCAUGCAAGAAGCAAUUUCGUAUCAAAACAUCCUCUUCCAAUAGCUUCUAAUAUUUUAACUACAAACAUUUUAAGUUUCCACUAACAAUGGGUCUAAUCGCCGGUAAAGUGCGUGUGUUUGUUUUGGUGUUUGCUUUGGUCACAGAUUUUACUAUGGGAGAAGCAGAGUUUGGUGAUGAGAAGCCCUUGUUUCCUCACCCUCACCCUCAUCCUCUCCUCCACAAGAAGGGCUUUAAAAAAGAAUUCGGCGACUUAGGUGGUGGUGGUGGUAUCAGCGGUGGAGGCGGCUUUGGAGCAGGUGGCGGUUGGAUUGGAGGCAGUGUUGGAGGCUUUGGUGGAGGAAUAGGCGGUGGAUUUGGUGGAGGAGGAUUCGGAGGUGGAGCCGGUAAAGGAGUUGACGGUGGCUUCGGAAAAGGAGUUGACGGUGGAGCCGGUAAAGGAGUUGACGGUGGAGCCGGGAAAGGAUUUGAUGGAGGAGUUGGCAAAGGAGUUGACGGUGGAGCCGGAAAAGGAUUUGAUGGAGGAGUCGGCAAAGGAUUUGAGGGAGGAAUCGGAAAAGGAAUUGAGGGAGGAGUCGGAAAAGGAUUUGACGGUGGAGCAGGUAAAGGAGUUGACGGUGGAGCCAUUGGAGGAAUCGGCGGAGGAGCCGGUAAAGAAAUUGGUGGAGGAAUUGGCGGCGGAGGUCACUGAGAAUUUGUUUAACCGUAAUGUGCAUUGAUGAGGAGCUAAAAUCCAAUGCAUGUCAUUUAAGAAAACUAAUUCGUUAUAUAUGUAACAAUAACUGAAAUGUAUGUCGUUUCUCUUUAGUUUGUUUUACUCUUUGAAUAUGAUUGUAUCUUGCUUCUUCGUGCAAGUAAAGUGAAUAAAACGAUU